UAUAACCUCAACAAGUGUUGUCAAAGUCAAACCACCUACAUCAAAUACUUACCGUGCGCAACUUAUGGAUCUUGUUCUUAAAUUUAACAAGAAAAUAACGUGAAAUCCGCUGCUUGGUAGACCAAAUAAAAUAUAAUUUCACUAAAAUGACUGAAGAAAUUCAAAAGAAAUUGCAAAAAGAGUUCGAACUUUUCAACAAUCUAAAAAAAGAAUAUCUAAAGGCAGUUUCACAGAGACAACAAUUAGACAGCCAAAUGAAUGAAAAUAAAGCUGUAAAAGAAGAACUCAGCUUAUUGAAAAAGGAUGCGGAAGUCUACAAACUCAUUGGGCCAGUUUUAGUAAAACAAGAUUUGGAAGAAGCCAGACAGAAUGUGGCAAAACGUUUGGAAUAUAUAAAUAAAGAGAUGAAGAGGUCUGACGGGCAUAUUUCAGCUUUAGAAAAUAAGCAAGAAGCGGUUCAUGAGAAUCUUAACAAACUUAAAAGUAACCUUGAUAAUUUAAAGAUUACAGCAUAAGACUUUUUAAUUAGCAUCUUAGCUGUAACAAAAACAUAACUAUAAUGCUAAGUUGGUUUAUUCAAAAGAGAUUCGAAUGUCAAGCUUUUAUAUAGCUCUACUUUAAUGGGCACUGUACAAUACAUGAAAAAGAAAUACACUGUCAAGCAAAUGUUCUUUUUCCAUUGACAAAUUUAUUUGUGUUUACAUGUAACAUGGAAAGACAAAAAAAUAUUUAGUAUUGAAUUACAACUAAAUGAUACUGAAUAAAACUAUUUGUCAUGCCUAGGAGUAAGAAAAGGGCAGAAUUAUGUUUCAAACCUAAGCAGAAUUAUUACUGAAAAUUGUUUACUUUAAAUUAUUUUAAAAUUAAUAAAAUAACAAUUUAAUAAA